UUUCCGGGACCGGGCCGCAAUUCGUUUCGGAGGUCGGGCAAUGAGCCGGGGCCGGUGUGUGGAGAGGCCUAGCUGCUCCUUGUGGUGGUGAUUUGGAGCCAGCCUCCUCCUGGCUUUAUAGUCGAGGCAGUUUGUGUUUGAAAACUCUUAGUUCUCGUUGUUCGUUCGGUGGAAGCGGAGCUGUCAUGGCAACGGAUCUGGUGAACGAGCUGGAGAGUCGCUUCUUCCCUGAAAACCUGCUGAACAGUGAGGCCUGGGAUGCCUGCCUGUAUGACUGUGAAACAAUGGAGGAGCUGGAUGAUUCUACUGAUCUCUUUCACUGCUUUGACAAUGUCACUGAGUUCAACACAAGUUUGGAUUUGGAUUUGAAUUUGAAUAUGGACAUUGAUACAUCAGACUUACCUUGGAGUCAGAUCAAUGGAGACAUUUAUUCAGACCUCCGAGUGAAGUUGGAACCACUUUCGCCGGGAUCCUCACGCUGCUCAGAUUCUUCACUUGCUUCCUCAUGUGACAUUCCCCUUUUUCCUCAGACAGUAAACACGGAACCAACUCUUCCAGUUGUGAAAACUGAGGAUCCUCCUACACCACCCUGUGUAUUUGGGGAUGUUCUCAACCCACCGCCGAACACUGUCCAGCUCGGUGUGGUGAAAAAGGAAAAUGGGACCUCGCCAGUGAAACAAGGACCAGCAAUUCAAACUACUGCAAAGGCCAAUAGCAUCAUGUGCAACAAGCCAAACAUCCAGUCAAAACCCGUUGUUGUGACAACACUGACCACUGCUCCAACCACCAGCCCAGCAAAAACCGUCAUUCUUCAGUCUAUACAGAACAGCUUGCCCGUGUCUCAGCAACAGAGUCUGCCGUUAAAGCAAACUGUUCCAGCAUCGAGGCAAUUUGUGGUUCUGGCCCAGUCUGACUUGGUGAGAAUUCCUACCCAGGGAAUAAUCAAAGUACCAGGAGUGAAUGGGGCCACCGGCAACUCUAAGCAAGCCAAUGGCAUCUGCAACAAAAUCACUAUCAACAAGCCCGCCACCAAACCAAUUGUGCCGGCGCCAACACAGACAGAAACUAAUACUUCCGAGAUUGAUAUCAAGUUGCUAAAGCGCCAGCAGAGAAUGAUCAAGAAUCGUGAGUCCGCCUGCCAGUCCCGCAAAAAAAAGAAAGAAUAUCUCCAGGGUCUGGAGAGCAAGUUGCGCGAGGCACUCAGUGAGAAUGAGAAGCUGAAAAGGGAGAACUCGCUGCUGAAAAAGAAGCUAGACAGCAUCAUGUCAGAGAACACAGAAUUGAAGUUGGGCUCCGGUAAUCGUAAAGCGGUGUGUGUGAUGGUCUUUCUGCUCUUCGUUGCAUUCACUUUUGGACCUGCCAGUAUCACAGAGAAGAAGCCAGAUCUCUUCCAGAAGCCAGAAGACAAUACGUACUUCAAGAGGCACCUACUAGCUUUCAAAGAGGAACCAGGUACAGACAGCGUGACACAGGAAGCGUCGAAAGAUUACACUCAGAGGGACAAAUUCAGCAACAUCACCAUGGCUUACUCUGACGUAAAAGACUUGGUGCUUCAUGACAUUGAUCGGAUCCUCUUCCCUUCCUCGGAUUGCCGCCAGUUCAAUAAAACCGAAUCGCUCAGACUUGCCGAUGAAUUGCGUGGCUGGGUACACCGACAUCAAAUUGAAAGGACAAAGUCCAACGAAAAACCAAAGCGUCAAAAGAAAUUUAAACAAGGCAUGAGGGCACAGCAGAGGAAGAUCAGUCUGUCCCGGUUUAUUUCAGUUCAUUCUGCGGAGGCUUCCACCAGGUUGACCUCCAGUCAGUUACAGGUUUACCAGAGUCCUGAGCAGAGUUACUAUGACUUCAUGGAUGCUAUCGAUAGAAGGGAAGACACCUUCUAUGUGGUUUCGUUCCGAAGGGAUCACCUGCUGUUACCAGCUAUCAGUCACAACAAGACCAACAGGCCAAGGAUGUCCCUUGUGAUGCCAGCUAUGGCAGUGAAUGAGAGCCUGCACAACACCACACGAGGUUAUGAGGUGAUGAUGCAGAUCGAUUGUGAGGUGAUGGACACCAGAAUUAUUCAGAUCAAGAGCUCGUCGGUGCCCCCUUCUCUCCGCCAGCCUCAGCACAAUGGCACGGGUUCCUACCACCCACACAGCAACACCAGCAGGGCACCCAGUGCCAGGAGGCUACGGCCUCCACCCCUACCCGUCUCUGCACCGAGCACCAAGGACCCACUGUACCUCUCAACAGAAGACGGUGAAGUGUAGUGCUGGUGUUUCCUGAGCUCUGUGCACUGUUUUACAGUCCCACCCACCAGGAAGCAAAAAGGAUCAUUGACUGGAAAGGUUCUUCAUUUGUUGUCCUUCCCCACCUCCUGUUCCCCUCCACAAACACCUCCUGCAAAGACCUGAUCUCUAAGGUUGCAAAUGAAAUUUGGUACUGGGUGGUGGUGGUGGAGGUGUGAGGGAAGAUUCUGAUUGCUUUUAAGCUUCUGUAAAAGGGAUAAGGACCAAAUUGUGCUUGCCAUCUUCCUGUCUUGGAAAGCUGUAACAUGCUACUACUGCUUUUACGGUUCCCAGAGCCUUGGCUCCACACAUGUCUUUGGUGAUGGUGAAAACUAAGUUCUGAGGAAGUUGUGCAGAAUUGCAGUAAUGGAUUAUAAUUCCACUACCGUAACUGAAAUAUUUUUUAUGCCUGUUGUCCCCUUUUCCUUCUUCAGCCUCAGUGAUUCUGGAGUAUGGCCUCAUAUUUCAUGUUUUUCUGGAAAUGAUCACACCAGCAAUGAACAUCCGGUCCACCGUGCUGACCCAUUGCAUGCAACUCUUGUGUUUAACCUUAAUCCUUUUGCACUAUGCCAGUUGUUUAUUUCCCCUUUUCUGUUCUGAAUGUGAAGCUGCAUUGCAGUUACACAACAUGCAGGUGGUCUGUGCCAGCACAGUUUGCUGUAAAUACACUGAUGAAACUCGGAGCAGCCCAACAAGCUGGAGCAUCACUAUAAUCAGAUUGGACUUUUGCCCUGUAAACUGUGCAUAAAGAAAAUAUCCCAAAAACUGUUGUGUAAUCUUGGUUUGGCUGUCUCGGGGUCCAGAUUUACGCUGUCAUGAUUUGACCAUAACGAUUUUUUUCAUUACUGUUCCAAUUUAAUCCUGUCCAGUUACUGAUGGUGACAAACCAUUUCUAAUCUCACGCAAGCUGAAAUCUAUAAUUGAUCACCGUCCCUCAUCCCUAAUCUGUUUGCUUUCCAAUGAAAAUGUUUGCCAUAUUUUGUUUCUGGCUCCAUUACCAUGUAUAGUACAGAAUAGGAAUUUCACUGUUGAGGAAUGUACAUUUGGUUUUCUAUUAUGUUGUCAUUCUGUUUACUGAUGAUUGCGUGUGUGUCCUUGUGCACUUGCGUCCCACAUUGAGGUUCAGCACAAUUUGGCAUUUGUGGUUUGAUUUUUAUUUGCCUUCAUGUGUUCCAAAUCAUCAAGCAUUAAUUGCUGUUGUAAAGCAGGGGCCCUUGCUUCACUUAUGGGAAGUGAUGUGGGUCUCAAUAGCUGGGUCAUAAUUGAGGUGCAUUGGUAUGACUAGGAUUUCGUAAUUUCACAAAAGGAGGAAAUACAGUUGGAGCCAAUCCAACAUCCAGCCAUUUUCUGACUUUUUCUGUUUGUUACAAUGCCCUCACCAGGCUGUGUCUAAUUUGUUUACAGUUAUAUUUAAGCGAAUAGCAUGUCAGGGAUGGCAAGAAUAUUUUGCAUGAUUUGCAGCCGCACCAGCCCAGGGUGAAGUGUAAAAAUCUUAUCAACGUGUAACGAAAAUCCUGCCCAACCCAUCAUUGACUAUGGAUUUGUCACUGAGCAAUGACCCACCAAUGUGAUAACUCCCCAAGUUGUUAGCUGACCUGUGUCUACAUAUAAACCUAAUGUUGAUUUUUUUUUUUUGUCGUCCAAAAUUAUAUAAUUUAUUAUUUAACUUGUCUUUUUUGUGUGGUAUAUUUCUCUCUCUCUGUUUCUCAAAGUCUUCAGAGCAGACCAACUUGCCAUUAGACAUGAAACUGAAAUAUGCAAGAGCCUUUUCCUGUAUUCUAUGAAGUUUCGAAUUGUCUUUAUUGAUCGACGCCUGAGGAGUACUCAGGUAGAAUCACACAAUUGGGUCAAUAUUUGUAAUUGUGUUGGGAUUGAAGGUGAACAUUUUCUUAAAUUUUCUAUUUGAUUCUAUGGUUUGACACCCCAGUGUGUAUAUUGACAGACCUUUCACUGGAAUUGCAUUGAUGGCAAAGGGCAGAAGGAAUUGAAUUUUGAUGUGUACCAGCUUCAACAGUGCUCCUGAUAGUUCUGCAGAAUAUUACUGUCAUGAAAUGCCUUGCAUAUUGACCCUUUUGGGCCUGGAGCAGGCAGAGACCAUUGAACACCGCGGCCUUGUUCCGUCAUUCAGCAGGAUUCUGGCUAAUCUGUACGUUAUUUAGGAAGAAGGAGUUUAUUUGAAUUAUACAGUGCUUUAUGUAACCUCCCUACCUCCCAAAACACUUUACCAAACAUGUUCCAUUCCCUGUCAUAUAUAGUUGCCAUUGUAAUACAGGAAACAUGGUAGCUAAUUUGCAUCCAGCACACUUUCACAAGCAGCAGAACUGAGCAAAGAAUUGGUUUCAGUGUUGGCCAGGCCAUGAAGGCUCACCCUCCCCUGUUGCACUUCCAGCUGUGUAUUGGUUUUGAACGACUGAUAGACUGGCCUAUUUUGAAGGUGCCCUGUCUGUUUAAUAUUGCACUGAGUGUUAGCCAAGGCACUUUGUUCCAGUCUCUGCAGUAGGACUCAAACACACAGCUUUCUCACUCCAGCAAGAGUUGAUUGAAUGUUGACCCACUCACCCAGGGCUUGCCACCCUGAUCUGUCAGUGUGAAUUUUGAUAUUUUAAAUAAUGGGUCUUUAUGAGGGCCAGUUGGCAGAUUUCCAUCACCCUUUAUGGAAUAACUGCAUCCUGAUUUUGUCCCUACAUUUAAGGUGGAGCAGCCUUGAUUUGGAUUAAUUUGCAUCAUGAAAAUAAUUUCUGAAUGCAGUAUCUUCCUUAGUGAAUCCUUUCAUUUUAAAUAUAUUGAGCUUCUACCCCUGUUGCUGCUUUCUAGAGGUCCUAAUAUGAAAAGAAAAAGGCCAUUCAGCCCUCAGACUGUUCUCCUAUUUAGUUAGAUUACAGCUGAUCUGUGACUUCCUCACUCUCUUCUAUAGCCCAUAAUGGGGCAUGCCCAACAAAAAGACAUAUCGUUUUCUCUAAAAAUUCAACAUUGUUCCCAACAUUUUGAGGGUGAGUGUUCACAUUGUGUGAGCAAGUCUUUUCCUUGUUUCAUUCAACUUUAAGGUUAUACUUUCUUGUUCUGGAACCAGCAGAACUGGUUUCUGUUUUUCUGUGUUAUGAACUUUUUUUUUGUAAAUUCCAACAAUCAAAUAAUGCCUCAAUCUUUACUCAAGGGAAUACAAGCCUGAUCAAUGUCCUCCAAGUUUAACUGUGUCAGCCCUAGUUUUAUUCUGGUUAGCUGCACCUUCCCCAAGAUUACUAUUUCUGGCCUAAGCCUGAGAUUGGAUCUCAACAAGCGGAGCUCUUGUUGAGGUAAAGGUCUUUAUUCCAACAGUUUUCCGUGUUGUGAUGUUGUAGUCAGAUUUUAUUUCUACUUGAUGUCUUUUCUAUCAUCAUUGCAAUAACAUUUUGCCAUUUAGACCUUAGCAAAUUUAAAAUGGAGAAUCCCACCUGGUGUUAUGGUACAAAGUCUGUAUAAUUUUUGCAUUGGUUUAGAGAGUUGUUUACGGCACAGAAGGGAGUUAUUCAUUCCCUCGAAUACUUGCCAGCUGUCUGAUAAAUCAGUGCCGCUCCCUCUCUGUCGUCUUAAAUGUUUAUUUUCCUCCUAGAAUCUGACUUUCCUUUUAAAUCUUUGAUUGCCUCUGUUUCCAUCACUUGUGGGUGUCAAAUUCUGAGUUUGAGCCCCAUUUUGGGAAGCCCUGCUCUAAUCCUGAACUGUCAUCUGAUGGGAAUGGUUGUUUGUUGGUUAGAGAAACUGGGAUUAUUCUCCUUUAGUUAGAUGAUGAGACAUUUGGUUGUUUUGGGGUCACUAAGAAGAAUGCUUUGUCCAGGUCUGUGCAUUGCUCGUCGAUGUAUUACAACCUGUAUUGACAGAGGAUGAGGCAGGAGUUUUAUCACACCAAAAAGUCUAAAAGGACUAAUUCGCCAAGCAAUGGACAUCCUCCAUCAACUGAGACAUGAAACUGAGAGCCCUGUAUCUCAGUUGCAUUAGCCCGCCACCUGUAGUCAUCUUCUAUAAUAUUAAACAAAGUAAAGAUUAAUGUAUAUUAAUUCUGAAUGUAAGCACUAAAAUAGGAAAAACAAAAAUGACAGAGAACAUUAAUAAUUAAGUCAUUAAGUUUCAUUAAGAUGCCAUAGUUUUUUUUUUAAGUAUCCACCCAUCACUGAUUUUAAAAACCCUCAUGAUGGUGCCACACCAUAUCCUCCAACAGUCUGCUGAAUUCCAGCACUAAAGCAUCAGUGAAAGUUGUACAUGGUGAAAAACUGAACAGAGAUUAUUGCCUUGUUCAACUGUUACCUGAAAAUUUGUAAAACAUCCAGUGUCAGGGCCACAGUUAAACAUGAGACAUCCUGAGCGAAGGACUUAAAAUCUGUUAAUCUCAAAGACCCUCAUGAGAUUUUUCAGUUUGAACCAUUUCCCUUGAGUGUCCAUGACAAAUCUGAAAUGAGCCAGUUCAGAUCUGCCAAUCAGUUCCUUGAUCUCAUGGCCACAGUGUUAAUUUUUUUUAUUCCAAGCAUUUCCAGUGUCUUAGUAUCGUCUUCAAAUCAUACUCAGACAUCAUUGACUGUGGUGACUUUGUCUUUAUUGAAGAUCAAACCCAUUUGCUAUAAGCAUCUGUCCUGGUAUAUUGGCCUUGGCUCAAUGUACGUUAUCCACGCCCACUCUCCAUCUUAUUGCUUUAACUUGACAACAAUCUUGGAAUGUGAUUCAUGUGUUUUUGAUGAAUAGGAAAAUCCUUGACAAGUUCUAAUUUUCUAGAGUCCUUACAUCUGCACCACUCCUUAAACAUGAGCGGUCUGCCUCUCGAAAGUGAUCCUGAUAAGAUAUAAAUUACGAUGUAAUUUAUUGAUUAAGCUUGAUGAUUUGAUAUUGUAUAACGCUUUAAUUGAGACCGAAUCAUUUUUAAAAUAAUUGACCCUAGAUCUUUGGCUCUUCAACUCUUAACUAUUCAGCCAUUUCCCAAUCUGUCCACAUCAUAUUGUUGGUCAAAGUAACUAUUUCUGAUAUUUUGGGUUUGGGACCAAUGUGAUUCAUGGACUCCUUCAUGUCUACUGUGGGAUUACUUUUUUUGUUUUUGUCCGAAGGUCUCAAUCUUUAUGAUCUUAAGUUCUUGUAGUUCUUUCACAAUGUCAGAGAACGGCAAUGAAGCCUGUAUUACAGGCUAUACAGAUGUGUUGAGUACAUGCCAUUUCCAAAUAAUAGCAGCUGGGAUUUGUAUCUUGAGCUUGGGCCUACCUAGACCACCGCCCUCAUUCUUGCUGUAUUCUCGUUCAAAUGUGGCAUGUAAUGGAGAAACUGGUGGCAUUGCGGAUGAUUAAAUUCAGUUUGUGAAGGGUAUUCUGGGCUGCUUCUAAGAAGAUCAAGUGAUAAUGAGACUUAUUAUUAUCCUCCUAUUUCCUGAGGAGUUUGAUUUUCUGAAUUGAACAGAAAGCAGCCUGUAUUUUUCCUCCAUGUAUUUCAACCUUCCUUAAGCUGUGUCCUCUCAGCCUGGGAAUGGUUGCGUGUGACUCAGCUCCAUUCAUUAGAGAGUCAAUGAAGCUUUCCACAAGCCGUAAACCAAGCCACCCUUCUUACUUAAUAGUUUGUGAGCUUGAGUUAAUUGAUAGCCCAUCUCUUAUUAUUUAGGGUUGCAAACUGGACAACAAACAAUCCUUGUGUCUCUCAGAUGACUUUUGAGUACUAUUCUCUUCAUUAAGACCAUCCUCUGUGAUGUCUUCACCAGCCUCAUCAAGCAAUAGUGGUUGGGCUACCACUUGAGUGUUCUGCAACACUUUAUCAGAAAUUUGCUUAGAAGUUUUGGUAUUUAGGAUGCUGGCAAUCUUUUUGUUUACAACAGCAUUAAGAUGAGAAGUCAUUUCUUCUAUCCAUUUUGUAAACUCUCCUCUGUGGCUUUGCAUUGACUUUUAAGGUCUCCAAAUGUCUUCCAUUGUGUAGCCUGUCCACAACCAAAGUGAAUCCUUUAUGAGAAUGUUAGCUCGCACAUAGAAUAUGCAUAGGCCCCAAGUUGGUUUAAGCUGGUCUUAUGCCACCACAUUAGCAUAGUGACAGACUAUUGCAUGAUCUUUACUUUUCUCACAUUCGGAGCACAUAAUUCAGAUGUUAUUGAAUUGAAGUUUCUCAACCCUUUGGACACAGGUGCUGAAGAAAGAAAAAGAGAGCUGAAGAAUGUGCAAAAUAACCUUUCAGUGGAGUAGGUGUAUCACAACUUCAUUUACGGUGGUUCAGUCGUAGGUCCGAUCAAUGAUGACAGGCUCCAUGUAUAUAUGCGAUCUUUUCAGAUAUUAUCUCUUUUUUUAAUUCAUUCAUGGGAUGUGGGUGUUAUUGGCUGGGCCAGCAUUUCAUACCCAUCCCCAAUCGUUAAGAGUCAAUCACAUUGCUGUGAGUCUGAAACGUCUUUUGGCCAGAUGGGGUAAGAAUGGCAGUUUCGUUCCUUGAAGGGCAUUAGUGAACCAGAUGGUUUGUUUUUCCCAACAGUUGACAACGGUUUCAUAGUCAUCAUUAGUCUCUUCAUGUCAGAGUUUUUAAAAAAAUGCAAAUCCCACAAUCUGCCUUUGUCUCCGGAAUAUUACCUGGAUCUCUGAAUUAAUACUCUAGCGAUAAUUUCACUGGGCCAUCACCUCCUCGUUGCCGAAACUGUUGUCAACCACUUCAGUCGAAGUUGUUGUAAUCAAAUCUCUGCAUCUUCUGUUACAGAAGAAUAGUGUCUCAAUGCUGGUGGUACACUGUAUUGGCUGGGCUGCCCAUACAUUUUCUUCAAAGACACGUCAGUGUCUACCAGAGCAUCAGGACCUUUCAGAAAGGUUGAUCAAUGUUUGAAAUCGUUAAGGAUUUUGAUAGAGUAAGGAAUGUUUCCAGUGGAGACAAAAAGGUACUUUGCCAAAGAACCAGAGAGAAUCGGAUGAAUACUUGAAGGUCUUGCAAAAGCAGUCAACAGCAGUUUGCAUUUAUGUUUUAAUAUCAUGAAAGCACACCCUCAGCAGCAAUAUAAAGCAAAGUGAAAACUGCAUAAGAAGAAACGGGGGCAAACAUCAUAAAACUUCAUCAAACAGAAGUGGCACUAUUUGAGAGCUCUUUCAAAGAGCUACAACAGGCAUGGUAGGCAAAUGACAUGUAUGCUGCAGAAUUCUUUGGUGGAGUGAACAAAAAUGCAUGGCAGUUGGCUGCCUGUUUUGCAUUUCAUCAUGCUAUGGUCAGUAUUAUUUUUGUUGUAUUUUUGACUUUGCUUGCACUGACAUAGUACUCAAUUUUGCUUCGUGUCAUUGUUGCUCCUACCUUUGCCUGCCCCUAUCCCACUUCAAAUCUUCAGGCCCAGCCUGUUUGUUCAACACCAUUGAUUUAAUUACAGUCAUUGUAUCAGUGACAUUAUACUGCAGGUGAGAAUGCACUAAUGCUGCAUCAGGUUUCCCUUUUCAAUUUUAAAAGAAAACCAUGUGUAACUAGGUCUGGAACUGAGGAACAAUGAGCUAUUCUCUAGCUUCCUUCCUUCAAUCAGAGAUUUUAGGAGGGUCUACCAUCAAAAGGUGACCCAACUGCAACUGUUUAUCCAAUUUAAUCCCUCUUCCAUUGCCCCAACAGCAGCAUUAUGAACCCCAUUCGAAACUGAUGCGCUGAGGAACAUUGCUAUAGUUGAAGCUGCAUCAAAUCAAGUCGUCAAAUUUUUUGUGUAAAUAAAUGACCAUUGCUGCAAAAUGAGAUGUGCUGCCUCACUCAUCAGGUCAGACUCGCAAAACUGCCAAAUUUCUCAAGGAAAGGGCAACAAAGGACUGCCUGGUGCAUACACCUUAAGCUAAAGGCAACAUUUUGACCAAACAGAAUCUAUUCGCAAACCCUUGGGCAUCCUGUUCUCAGACAGUAUAAACUCUAGUUUCAUUCCACCCUUUUAAAUUGGUGUUCUUGCAAUUCUAUCCUGAUGAGUAUGAGACAGAACAUUUUGGCUCCUAAGUCUUUUUACAGCAAUGCUGGAAUUGUGUAGCACCAACCAAAUCAGUGAAACAGUUCGUCUGUCUUUAAUAUUAGUGUGGACACCCUUUGGGAGUCGUCUUGAGUAAGGCUAGCUGGGAUUGAGACUGUUUCUGCAGGAGUCUCAUGAGAUGUUAGGAUGAUGGCUACAACUGUGUCUGAAGGCAAGUGGCUUCUUUAGGUCACAACCUUAUGUGCUUGCAGUGGUUCCAGUGUUGGACUGUGUGUGACAUGGAUUGCUUGAAGCAAUCCUAGUCUUCCAUCUGUUUGUCAUUUUGACUCGAGUCAAGUAGAUGCUUGAAAUUAAAGUAUUCCACCCACUGUGUGUGUGUUGAAGCAUAGUUAGCACAAGAAGAGAAAAUGGGGUGAUGCUGUUAUUUGCUAUUAUGAGAUUUGGUCAGGUAGUUUUAAUGAACAUUUUACUGACACACUAAAAAAGGGGCUUGUGCCUCCUGUAAAUUUCCCCAGAUGUUGACAGGUUGGACUUCUGUUGUAGUUCCUUACAGUUACUCUUCUUUUCCUUUAGAUAAUCAAUGAACCAUUGUUCUGUGAUUUGAUAUCUUCACAUCUUUUUUUCCGGUGCUUUAUAUCUUUGAAAUGUAACACUGGCUGGCAGUUAGUUUUGAUGGGGGUGUGGUGCAAAAAAAAACACGGGUACCUACUGUCAUUGACAUGUGCUUGUUACAGUUCUGUAAGCCCGUUUGGCUCAAAUGUCACCUCCAGAUCCAAAACAGUCUAAGGUUUUUGUCUCUGCUGUGGGAUUGAGGAGUUCAUUUCAAAAUAUUGAUUAUGUGCUGAUUUCCUCCUGACCUCUCAUUCACUAGUUUUAAUCAGUAUGCUAGUAGACUUUUUUGAAAAUUCAUUCACAGGCUUUGGGUGUGGCUGGCUAAGACAGCAUUUAUUGCUCCGCCUUCAUUGCCAUGAAAGGAUUUGACAGUCACCCACAUUGUUAUGGGUCUUGUCACGUGUAGGCCAAACCAGGUAAAGAUGGCAGGUUCCCUUCCCCUAAUGUCAUUGUGGGUCACUGCAGCUGGACUGCAAUGGUCCAAGAAGACAGCUCAAGGACACCGCCUUCUCAAGGACAAUAAAUGUUGGCCAGUCAGUGAUGCCCACUUCCCACAGAUAAAUACAAAAGAAAGGAUAUUAGUGAACCAGAUGGGUUUCUAUGACAAUCACUGAUGGUUAUGUGGUGGCUAAUGACUAAGUAGUUCUUCUUAGAUUUGUAUUGAAUUCAAAUUUCACCAUUUGACAUAAUCAGAUUUGAUCCCAUUUAAUGUUCUCCCAGAACAUUAGCCUGGAGUUCUGGAUUAGAAGUCUAAUGACAACCAUUAUGGUUGCUAUAAUCCUCUUUGUUGUAGUUGCAAUCCCGUUUAGUUUUUUUUUAAUUCCUAUUUCCCUCUGCAUUGUCAGCUAUCCUUACAGCUAUACAUUAAACUGUGGAAUUCCCUCCUCCACCCUCCCCUCCUCCUCCUCCUCCUCCAUCUCCUCUUCUCCAGCAAGACACCUUAAAAACCUAACCCUUUAACUAAUCAUUCAGUCUCUUGUCCUAAUAUAUUCUUAUGUGGCUUAGUGUGGGAUGUUAUUUGAUAAUACCUCCUAUAAGAAGUACCCUGAGAGGUUGAAAGCAUUCUACAGAUGUAAGCUGUUGUUUUCUUUUCAACAUCCCUUUUCAAAUCCCUCUUUAUCACCCAGAAUUCAAUUGCAUGAUUCCUUUCUGCACUAAACUAAUUACCUCAUUUAGGCACGGUGCCUCUUGUUCAGUGUUCUUGCUCAGAACAAGGCUUUUUACAGUUUUGGCAUAACAUUCUCCAACUUGCUCUUGGAGUUGGCUAAGGAACAUGAGGUAGAAUUCAAUUCACUGUUUGUCGUUGUUCCAUGACUGUUUUACGAGUUAAGAAAUCUGUUAACAACCAACUCACUUCCGGACUUGCCUGCAGCAGCAUUUGUAUCAAAGCUUGAAAGGGCUGAAUGGCCUAUUUCUGGUCCUAAGUGGCAAGUUUGUCUGUAAAUUAUAUCCUGUCAGCAUGCCCAGCACUUUUGAGUGAGAAGUUGCUUCCUGGUGUGACCCUGGAGAUUGUGGUGAGUCGUUGAAAGCGCCCCCACCCCACACCCCAGUUCCAAACC